AUGGAUUCAGAGACAUUACCAUCUCGAAUAGCAAAGCUAGUCCAUGAGCAUUUCGAUGCUCUCCCCGCGCGCAGCAAACCAACUAUCCACCCGGAUGGAUCGCGAGAAUGGAUCCCGAUGACCGGAAUAGUCAUCGUAAAAGGAGAAAACACGCUAUCAGAAAGAUUACUCUGUGUGGCCGUCACAACCGGCGCAAAAUGCCUAUCCGCAUCUCAAAUCCCUCAAUGCAGAGGCUUAGUCCUCCAUGACUGCCACGCGGAGAUACUAGCUAUCCGCGCAUUCAACUACUGGCUUCUAAACGAAUCCCGCGGUGUGUUGGCUCAACAGCCAUCGCCAUACGUCCGUAAUCGCCAACACAGCGAUAGUGAAAAUGGCGAUUGGCCACCCCUAGAACUCCACCCCGACAUCAAAAUCUACAUGUACUGCACCUGCGCCCCCUGCGGCGACGCAAGCAUGGAACUCUGCAUGGCGGCACAGGAGGAUCCCACGCCGUGGGAACUUCCACCACCGGCACCAGCACCAGCAACUACACCAGCAUCAACCAAUGCAGACAAAGACGAUACCACCAAGGAGGCAUCACUCAUCGGUCGCGCCCACUUCCAACUCCUAGGCGUUGUCCGCCGCAAGCCCGCGCGCAUGGACGCAGAGUCUACACGCAGCAAAUCGUGUUCUGAUAAAUUGGCGCUGAGGCAGGUAUCCUCGUUACUGUCCUGUGAGACAAGUUUGCUUGUUGCGCCGACGGCAAAUGUCUACCUCGCUGGUGUGAUUUGCCCCGAGGAAGAGAUUAGUCGGGUUGCAUGCGAGAGGGCGUUUGGGGGCGAUGGAAGGAUGAAGGCGCUUAAUGGACGGGCGUGGCCGGAGACCAAUACUAUCGACCAGGAUGAUGGCGACCAGAGACAUGGAUACCGUUUCCAUCCUUUCAAGAUUCUCUCAAUUCCCAGUGGCCAAAUAGACACACUCUACCCAUUUCGGAAACCAUCCCCAUGUCCGUCAGACGAUAAGCCAAGUAAACCAAAAACAAAACCAGGAAAUGUAUCAGCUAUCUGGACAAUCGCACCAUCGCACGCUUCCACCUUACCGGAUCAUAACCCCAAAUCGCUACCGAAAUUGUGCGGGUCGAAUACGGGGCUGUAUGAGACGUUGAUUAAUGGUGUGAAGCAGGGGAAUCGGGCGUCGGCGCCGUUGGCAAGGGGGGCGAGUGCGUUGUCGAGAGCGAGGUUGUGGCAGUUGGUUAAGGAUGUUAUCGAGCAGAGUCGCGGUCUGGAAGGCAAUAAGUGGGAGACUGUGCUUAAGGCGUCUACUUAUGAUGAGCUCAAGAGUGUAUCGGAAGAAAUGGAGGGCUUGGCGAAGGUACGAGGACACGUUAUUCAAGACGCCAGGAAGGUGUUGAAAGGAUGGGUGCCGAAUUCGGGAGACGAGGAAUGGGGAUUAGAUGUCUUGAUUGAUCCCAAGAAGCAGAAGCGUUCGCAUUAA